CUAUGUGAGCUCUGAGAGCAUUCCUAUCUCCUCCAUUGAAGAUAUCUUCCAGAAAAACCUAGUGGCUCUUAAUAUCAGCCAACCAGGCCAUCAAGAAACCUUCAAGAUCCACAACUCUUCAUAUGUUAGAAAGACUCGAUGCAGUUCAGGCACAGUAGCUGUUCUCAAAUGUAUAGAGUGCGGCCCCAGGCCGGCGGUCAGGAAUCGUAUUGUAGGGGGAAACAUUUCGAGCCUUGGACAGGUGCCAUGGCAGGUCAGCUUAUAUUACCAGAAUCAGCAUAUCUGUGGAGGAUCAAUCAUAAGUGACAGCUGGAUACUUACUGCUGCUCACUGUGUGUACGGUUUUGCUCAGCCGGCGUUAUGGGCAGUGCAUGCUGGGAUAUUAGAUCAACCUGUGAGUGGAUUGGGAGCUGCGUCUGUGGAGAAAAUAAUCUACAAUGCCAACUACAAGCGAGAGAGACUUAGUUACGACAUUGCGCUCAUAAAGCUAAAGGUGCCUCUGUCAUUUAAUGACUCAGAUCACCUGGCUCCCAUUUGUUUGCCGAGUUAUGGCGAGACCUUUGAGGCAGGACAGAUGUGUGUGAUCUCAGGCUGGGGAGCCACAACGGAUGGUGGAGAGUCCAGUAUAUCGCUACAGACGGCUCAGGUGCCUUUAAUCUCCAAGCAUAAAUGCCGCAGGCCGGGUCUCACCUCGUGGAACAUCUGCGCAGGAUAUUUGCAGGGUGGCGCUGGUACAUGUCAGGGGGACAGCGGAGGGCCACUGGCAUGCCGGGGGUCGGUGUGGACGUUGGCGGGAGCAGCCAGCAAUGCUCAGAGCUGCGGACAGAAAAACAAACCGGGCGUUUACACGAGCAUAACUCACAGUCUCACGUGGAUUCAUCAACAGAUGGAGAAAGAAGAGGAUCUUUAAGGAUGGUUAUCCUGGGACAUUUUGAACAUCUUGCUCGACUCAGCAGCCAUGUGUGGCUUUUACAAGGGAAAUUACAGUAUGUCGCAGUUAUCGGACACAGUCCACAUGUUAUGGAGAGAUUUAGAUACACUGUAAGAACUUAAAUGCAU